AUGACUUUAUCUCUCGAUUUUAGGUGCAGUGAUCUUGCCAAGAGGGUUACUGCACUCCUAAAAGAAUCAAAGCAAAACUACUUUAUGGCUGAAGAAGUCUUUCACGAGCUCAUGGAUGCGAUGGGAUUGAGCGACCCUAUGGGCAAAAGACCAUGUCUUAUUAAACAGCCUUCCAGCAAUGUUGUUGCUGCUUCAACAUCCACGGGAGGAGAAGAAGAGACGACGCCACCACCAUCGCCAUACCACGAGGAGGGCACGUUACCACGAUACAGUUGUACGCCGUAUCGUGAGGUUGCCGUUAAUUCUUUUCAGCGUGCGAUUUGCAGUCUUGUUCGACAUGCACCAAACCAUCAUCUCGCCUUGAAGUACUUGUGUUUUUAUCUUGAGCAAAUCGAUCCACCAUUGCGAACCGAAAGAAUCGAAACUACCAUGCUUAUCAACAUCAUUCAUGUUUUUGCCCAAGAAAGGUACUCGAUCGAUAUGGCAUACCGGGCAUUGGAUUACAUCAACAUCGGCUUGGAACGCGACAUUUUGCAUUUUUCAAAGUAUCACCAAAAUUGCAAUCCAAGGAACGCCAAGUUUCAAGACCCAGCAUCUGUGUUCUAUUCGGUGUCUCGACCAGUCCUCAUACGCCUUAAACUUGAGUUUUCAGAUGACUAUCGCUCCGUCCAGCCAAAUACCACGGGUCGCUUUUUAAGACACUAUCGCUAG